AUGGAAGACUGGAAGAGCGGUGAACCAAAUGACCAUGGUGGACUAGAGAACUGUGUGUUUGUUGACAGUUCAAAGAAGUGGUCCGAUGCUGGCUGUCAGUAUGAUCGCUGUUUUAUCUGCUACAACACCACCAGUGGUUCAUUCAUAACAUACAAUGAUUGUAAAAACUGGACUGCGGCUCAGCACUUCUGCAGAGAUCAGCACACAGACCUGAUCAGUGGACCGGACCAGUUAAAUCAAAUGGAAAUAGGGACUGAAAGCUGCACAUGUAAUGAAACAAAAGACAAUUGGUGGAUCGGUCUGUCCAGAGACACCUGGGGCUGGUCUGAUGGAAGCAACUCCUCAUUCAGAAACUGGAGCAUCAGUGAUCCAGUUUUGAAUAAAAGCUUCACCGAUGACAACAAGGACUGUGUGAAAGUGGGACCUCAGGGAACAUUUAUCCGAGAUUAUUGUAACCAGACCAGACCCUUCAUCUGCUACGACAACCUUUUCAUCCUGGUGAAAGAGAAAAAAACCUGGGAGGAGGCUCUGUACUACUGCAGACGAAAUCACCGUGACCUGGCCUGGUUCAUCGACCACACUCACCUGAAGAACAUGGCCCAGCAGAGAGCCAAGGUGGCCGACAGCGACGCCGUGUGGGUGGGGCUGCACUACACCUGCUUUCUGGAGGCUUGGAUCUGGGUGAACGGUCACUACGUCUCUGACACCAAUGAGAACUGGAAGGUUCCAGGAGAGAGUCAGUGUGGAGUGGCUGGAGCCAUGGAGAGAGACGGAGACAACAAGUGGGUCAAGAGGAAUUCCAAGGAAACACUCAACUUCAUCUGUGUGCGCUAA